CGUCUCAGCAUUUUGGCCCGUCCGAUGGCUGCAGAAGAGCCUCCCGUGUACCAUCCAAGAGAAGCGAUGAAGCCCCAUGUGUGCACGCCGCUUCCCAGCCUUCCCCCUCAGCUGCCCUCCUCCAUCACAGCCGACGACAGUCACGCGCCGACAGACGGCGAUUCCGCAGCCCAGUCAACUUCACCCUGCCCGUCUUCUUCCUUGCCUUGCUGUCGGUCAACGCCAGCAUUCCCUACACACAGAGCAACGGGACGCACGUAUGCAUGUGGGAUCAGACGGUGCGGGCCGCAUUCAACGCCGCGUUGGCGGAGCUCAAGCAGCACGCCACCAAGAGCCUGAUGGACUACUGGAGAGAGGACGGCAACGCCCCGCACUAUGAGUUCCCUCUUGAUUGUGUGCCAGAUCCAUCGGCAUUCCCCUACCCGUGCGUGUGCAAGACAAGAACUAUACGGCGAUGCGCUUAAUGAAGGUAUGGGUGCUUGUUGUUUGUGCAGGAGUCUGAUCCCGGGCAGCAAGAUAGCCCGGGCUGUGGAGAGGAGGAAGCUCCGCAUGUGCGAUGUGGCUCCCCCGCCGGGCAUCACCCCGCCGCUGGAGGCGCAGGCGGCUGCCCUGGUGGGCCGUGCUCUGGUUGAGCUCAUGAGCGAGCACUAUCUCGGGGACCCACAUGAGAUGGAAAUUGAGAUCAUCGCCUUCUCGGGAGGCAGCACGGGGACACUCAAGGUGAGUGCGAUUGGUGCAGAGACAUUGAUGUCUAUCCGCGAAUCAAGAGCCCGGUAUGUCAUUGGCCCUUCUAUUGGUGCAGUCGUUGUAUGACGACGAGAGUGACUUUACUCUGCCCUGGUUUGCUCGUGGAUCUCCCAUGACCGUCAACGAAGAGACCAUAUCACGAACCAUGGUAAACUCCAGCCCCGGAAGACCCCUCUUGUCUUUCAUGUGCUGUUGUACAUUCAGGCGUUCGACACCAGCUGCAACGCGGCUACAUGGCGCUACAUCGUCUCGGUCUCGGCGCUCUCACGUAAGCCGAACAGGGGCCGGAGAGUCAUGUCUCGUAUUUCCGAUUUCGUCAUGAUAUUCUGAUGUCUGCCCCAGCAUGGCGAGACUUCAAUGACUUGCUGGAGGCAAAGGGCGACCUCCGAAUGGCCACGUCGGUGCUGGGUGAGAGAUAGCAGACAAAGCGGGAUGGAUGGAUGGAUGGCUCUCUGAUCUGCGUCCCUGUUUCUAAGGUCGAGCGGGUGUCAUGGAGACGGCAUUUCCCGACGCCCAGAUCAUCUUCGAACGCACGUUGGGGCUCGACGCCAUCUUUGUCCAAUGGCUGGCAGGCAACUUCACAGGCAUACUAGGUGAAUGAGCAUAUUCUCCACUGUCGCCUAAUGAAUGAGCAUAUUCUCCACUUGUGUGGUGUACUGUGUUGCAGCUGACAAGUCGCAGCUGAAUGCGGGGACGGGGAUUCCUCGGUGAGGGAAGGAGGGACAUAAGAAGCACACACCAAUGCCAGUGGGCUUUCUUAUGUUCGUGCAGGGGCUUUUUGGAUUUGUUGUUUGUUGAGGUGGAGACGGGUGUGGCCGAGCAGCUGUGUGCCUACUUCCCCCCGCCCGCCUGGCUGUGCUUCGACCAGUCGCUCAACACGACGGUGUUUGAACAGUAGAGCCGAAGGGCAAGCGCUUGAUCGAUGGACAACACUGUUGUACACGUACCCACGGUUUAUAAAUGCAUGAACGUGGAACGAUGCACGAAUACGUGGAUGGAUCAGUCAAUGAGACAUGAACACAUGGCCUACAUCCAUCAUGGAGUGUGUGAA